AUGUCCGAGCAGGAUUUGGUAGCCGAAUGUAGUACUGAUGUUUCAGUCAAUUUUACUGAGUCCCUACAUGUCUACACAGGACUCUUGACAGUUGCUACAGUUUGUGGUGGACUUUCGGGAAUUUUAGCGGCUGCCCUUGUGUAUGUCUUCUGCCUAAAGACUUUAAUUUUGACGAGACAAGGGCACAAUGCAAGAAGGCUACUUGAACCUGAUGAUGGAAAAGUGGAAAACAAUACCAGCGAUCAUACCAGUAACAUCCGAAAAGAGGCCCCGCCUCCGUCAACUACUGAGAAGAAGCAGGAACCCAUGAGUAGCGAAAUUGCAGCAUUUGCAUCAAAAGCAAAAGUGGUUUACCCCAUCAACCAAAAAUACAGACCUUUAGCAGAUGGAGCAUCCAACCCUUCUCUUCAUGAGUGCUCGAAAUUGCCAACAAUGCCAAAAGACAAUUCGUCGGCAACCUUCAGCGAAGGAGAGUCGCUAAGCCAAGAGCUGGACAACGACGACGAGAGCCAGUUCAUCUCCUCCUCAUUGGUCCCAAAGAGUCUGCAGAACCAGAGUUUUGUCAGAGUCUCUCACUACCCCUAUAUUCUGACACAAACAGGUUUUGAAGCAAGGAUAAACCUCCAUUGCUUGGCCUUAACGGAUGUGCAACAACUUUACUCUCAACUUCUGGAAGAAAAAUAUAUUGUUUACCUUCAAAUGGUGAAAAAAAUAUUUUGCAGUCAUUUUCCAAAAGACAAAAAUGAUGCUAAUUUCACCAAGAAGAUUCUUCAAAUGCAGCAAAAGGAAGUGGAUGAUCUAAAGAAACAGCUACCAACAGGUCAUGCUGCCAGUAAUGACAAUGUUGAUAAUCCUUGCACCUUGGAGGAAAUGGAAAGAAGUCAAAAAGAUUUUCUAGAACGCAGUCUUCAAAUGUCCAAAAGCUUCAGCAAAGUAGUGGAAGAGCUAACCCAGCAUGUAAUGAAAAGGACCAGCAGUUUCACUGUGGAAGAAGCACUUGAUGGUACAGUUUCUCUCAACCAGACCCUCGUGUUGGUUGAGAAUCACCUAAUGAAAGUUCAAGAAGCACAACUUAUGAUAAUCCACCAGAAGCUCUUAUGGUGGGAGGAGCUUUCAGGACUUCUCCAAUCCCAGCCUUCCUUGGUCCAACAGGAAAUGUGUCUGAUGCAGGGCUUAAUGACUACGACACUCGAGCAGCUAACCAGCGAGGAUGUUUUGACUUUUAACUGUAUGGAAAAGAUACUUUCAGAAGUGCAGCACGCACUUAUAGAAGGCCUUCAACAUUGCAGAGAGGAUUACACAAGAAAAACAAAGGAGUUGCUGGUUGAAAAAUGUAGCAAAAUGGAUGCCAAGCGAAACAAACUUUGCCAGAGCCAGGCCAAAGAGAGGAGCCGUAUGCUGGAGCUCAGACAAGCUCAUGGUGACCCAGAACAGCUCUCAAAGGAGUACCAAGAGCUACUGUUAAAACAAAGACGGAAACUUUGUGAUUUGGAACUGCAACAGGACAACCGAAUGGCUGACAGUCUUUCUAACGUUUGGACAAAACUCCGCACUACUUGGUCAAAGAGGCUUGAAGAACAAGUCAGGGGUAUCUUUUGCAUUUCUGUUACUGCCCAGAGCAAACUGUCUGAUCAAGAGAGUCAAGCGCUGUGGCUGGAUGUAGAGCAGCAGCUCUCUGCACAACGGCAGCAGAUGGAGGCUACAACUAGAUUUCAAAUGGACCAAAUACAGGUUCAGAUAGAUCACGAACGACAGGUAUGGAAUGAGUCAAUGGCUUUGAUAAAUGCCAGCCUCAAACAUCUGAAGAAUCAGCAGAUGAAGAGCCUGCGAGCCAUGGUGCUCAGUCAGAGCUACACACUCAACAGCCAAGUGGCGAAGUUGCUGGACAAGAAACAUGAGCACCUGCUGGCGUGCGUGCAGCGCGACUUCACGGCCAGGCGCUUUUCUCUGCACAUGCUGAAAGAGAUGAGACUGUCCAAGCUGAAGGUUCUGUCUCAGACAGACUUUCGUGCUCUGUUGAUAAAGGACCCUGCCACAGUCCAGUUGUGUGUUGAUUCAACUCUUAAGGCCAGCAGCGCAAGCCUAGCAGAGAAGCAUCUGGGUCCAGAGAGUCAGUUGGUGAGCCACAGUUUCCAUCAGGAGUUCCUUUCAGAGUUGGAAACAGGGGCGGAGCUUCUACAAAACCAUGCACAGCUGGUGCUAGGGAAUGCCAUCAGCCAUGCCGUCUUGCAACUAAUGGAAGGCCAGCCAUCUGAAUCACAAAGCAGGUCCAGGAAUAACGAUAGUUUGAAGAACCAUCUAACAGAGGCAGUUUCUGAGAGUGUGUACGUUACCAAAGAUUCGCUUACCACUCUCAUUCAAAGAUGCUAUUCAAGCAUGCAAGAUAUUGCUAAAAAACUACAACCACAUCAGUCAAAAACAGACCUUGAUUUGACUGAGGAAGACUCAAGUAGUAGUCAGUUGAAGAAAGCUUUGCUGAGAGAGCUGGAGAACUGGGGAAGAAAACCUACCUCAGCUAAGUUUCAACAAAGAGUUGAGCUGCACAAAAGGAAAUUGUUAGAGCAGUGCGAUCUAGAACAGGAGAUGGUUUGUGAGGAACUGAGACAAAGAAAAGUAGCCCAGGAUCAAACCUUAGAAAGGAUCGAUGGACAACUACAGGAGGCAGAAAGAAGCUUCAUAAGUGAUUUGGCAGCAUUGGCUCGGGUUUCUCUACCCAGUCCCGAGACAGAAGACAGUGAUGAUGAUAACACCACAGGGGAAGUGAAUGUCUCUAUUAUGGAACUCCUUGCCCGGAACCCAGCUCUAGAUCCAGCCUUGAAUCCAUCACUAACCCCGACAGUUGUUACGCCAGCCGUGCCCAAACCGGCAAAGAAGAAAAAAACAGGGCGAGAGUCUCAUAUUAGUUGA